ACUGUUCUCUAUGACCACACUACAGCAGUGACAUGUACACAUGCUGCUUCUAGCUACACUCCUCAUUGACUUUUGGAUGGGAUCUCAGAGUUAUAAGGGAGAUUUUAAGGAAUAAUCUGAUUUUUUUUUAUUUUUGUAUUUUAUUUAUUAUUGUAAUUUUUUUUGUAAAUCUGUCAAUCUGGGGCUGUUAGCUGAUGACAUGAUGACUGCCAAAACUGUAGAGAAAAUCCCAGUGACUAUUGGUGGAUUUGUGCAUCAGAUGCCAGAUGCUAUUUAUCCUGUGGAUGAGUCGUCUUUACCCACCUCUGUUACUAUCUUCCCUAAUGUUGAUAUGGGAGGACCCUAUGAACAGAUGAGCAGUAUCUCUGGAGAUGGCAUGAUCAAUGUGGACAUGAAUAGUGACAAGAGAUCCCUGGAUCUGUCCUACUCCAGCUCCUACGCCCCUGCUCCUCGCAACCAGACCUUCACCUAUAUGGGCAAGUUCUCCAUUGAUCCCCAGUACACCGGGGCCAGCUGGAAUCCAGAGGGCUUCUUUAAUAUUGUCAGUGCCGGCAUCCUGGGAGUGACCCCCUCUUCAUCUUGCUCUACAACUUCUUCCAACGCCUCCUCCGUGUCUCCCAACCCUCUGUCCAACAGCCUGAGCUGCAGCAUGGCACACAGCCAGAAUGACCUGGAGCACAUGUACUCCCCCCCUCCAUACUCCUCCAGCUGUGCAGAGAUCCCAAUGUACCCGGACAACUCUGCCUUCCUCAGCACCUCCUCUGGCACCUCACUCUCAUACCCACCGCCUUCUUACCCUUCUCCAAAGCCAGCCUCAGAUGGUACCAUCUUCAACAUGAUCCCGGAGUACCCCCCUCUCUUCCCCAACCCAUGCCAAAGAGACCUGCACCCCAUGACUGAUCGCAAGCCCUUCCCAUGCCCCCUGGAAUCCAUCAGAGUGCACCCACCUCUCACUCCUCUAUCCACUAUCCGCAAUUUCUCCCUAGGAGGCGCCACCACUAAUGAGGGCACCCGGCUGCCCAGUGCCUACAGCCCCCCAAACCUCCCCUUAAGACCUAUCCUCAGACCUAGGAAGUACCCCAACCGCCCCAGCAAGACCCCCGUGCACGAGAGACCCUACCCCUGCCCGGCAGAAGGAUGCGAUCGCCGCUUCUCCAGAUCUGACGAACUGACCAGACACAUCCGCAUCCACACCGGCCACAAGCCUUUCCAGUGCCGCAUCUGCAUGAGAAACUUUAGCCGCAGCGACCACCUGACAACCCACAUCCGCACACACACGGGGGAGAAGCCUUUCGCCUGCGACUACUGCGGGAGAAAGUUCGCCCGCAGCGACGAACGCAAGCGACACACCAAGAUCCACCUGCGACAGAAGGAGAGGAAGAGCUCUGCGAGCGGAGCCAGCGCGCCACCUAGCGGCAGCACAGGGAACGAGCGCUCUCUCAGCCUCAGUCCUUGUUCUGCUGCCUCCUCCUCCGGCAGUGCUCAGAUGGGACUGUGUCCUAACAGAACAUCCUAGAGCCCAAAGAGACUUCCAUAAGGGAAUAAGAGAACUGCCAUUCCAUGGCCAGCACCAGUAAUACUGGGACUCAGACUGGAAGCUGCUGGCUCAGGUACUGCCUACAGACACUUGUCCUUACAUGUGAGGCAGUGUGGGAAGCCAAGGUGUACAAUGUGUUGUGGAGAGUGCUUGUCCUGUGUUACAUCACAGUAUUCAUUCUGUAUUCUUUAGCACUGAUCUUAUAGGGUACUGCUAACUAGCCAGGGCCCCCUUCUAUAAAGACUAGCACUACAGUUCAAGCCAGGGACCUAGUCUACACCUAAAAAGAUAAAAAAAAAAAAAACAACAAAAACUGUGACAAGUUCCAGAUUAGACGUGCUAAAUUUUUUUUUUAAUUUCUCACCGAUGCGGUAUGUUCAAUCGAAAAGAUUUUCGCCAAAUUGGGUGCAAUUCUCCAUUAGGAUGACUUGUAAUGUUUCCCAAUGUAUCCCUGGUAUUGUUAGCAGAAGAGAGGUUCAUAGUAAGCAAUGAGCAUCAUAAAAUGUUCAGCCUUACCCUAAAUCGGUGUUUCCUAAUUUGUGGCUCUCCGGCUGUUGCAAAACUACAACUCCCAUCAUGCCCUGACAGCCUUCGGCUGUCAGGGCAUGAUGGGAGUUGUAGUUUUGCAACAAGCGGAGAGCCACAAGUUAGGAAACACCGCUCUAAACACUUUGUUUUUUUUAAGUCCUACUAACCUGCAUAUAGUUUACUGUGUGAGGUUUUGAUGUUAUACUUUCCUGGUUCAGGAAAAAAUAAAAGGGACAUGGCAACUUUGAUAGGUGUCCUAACAUUGGGAGACACCUGAAGUAGCCAUAUACCUGUGCACUUUAUCCUCAUCAUGACUGCUCUGGGCAGGCGGUGUGAUAUGAAGGGGUUACGUUUGCAUCUCCUUGCCCUAAUGUGUUGUUUUACAAUUUAAAAAAAAAAUAAUCUUUUUUUUUUUUUUUUAACCCUUUGGUACCUGCCGUUUUAACCAAUACAGUGUGAUUAACGCAAGUGCCAUCGAAAAGUUGCCAAAAGUUUGGAUCAAUAAUUUUAUUUUUUGGCGUAUUUUUUUUUUUUUUGUGUGUGUGCAGAAAGUACACUGAGACUGUAUUGUUGAGCUGCCUUUUUUUUUUUUAAUUUUCCUUUUAUUAUUAUUUUUUUUACAGAGCUCACACCUUUUCAGUAGAUACAGUUUGUGAUUUGUGUAAUAAAAAGAAAGGCUUAUUUAUUUAAUAUAUGUAAAUACAGGCUCGUAUGUUAGGAAAGCAUGCCGUUGUCUUAUAACAGUGUUCUUGGUGCCUUGUAUAAUGUGGACCAGUGUCGUCCCCGUCCCCCCACACACAAAUGUCUGCAUGUAUAUAUAGGUUGCCUUAUCGAAAUGAGAAAAUACGGUCCCAUGCCACUCAUAGAGCUGUACAUAACUGCCAGGUUAAUAUUUGGGAAUUUUUUUUUUAGAAUCUCUAUUUUUGUACGCACUAUGUUUUGUGACUCCAAAAAAAAGUGUUCACUUUGUAGUACGGAUUUUCGACGUGUACAGGCAAAUGGUACUGUUGGGACUGGACGAUGUACGCCUAACUGAGAGACUUUAAAAGGUAGUGUUAACUUUAUUAAAAAAAAAAUAAAUAAAUAAAAAAAAAAAAAAACCCAGCCUCUAACUGGAAAUUAAAG